AUGACUGCUGGCAACGAGGAUGCAAGUAGCUUGGCAGAGAGUUUUAAGGUUCCUUUCCAUGGCACCCAGAUGAGUGCCCGAGAGAUGAUGACGAACGAGCUGCUAGUCGAGGCUUUCACAGAGCAGAGCAUCUCAAAGAUCGUGAAAGCCCAGCAGCAGAUUUUUUCCGAGGGGAGGCGCAGACAAGAGCUGGAGAAGUGGCGCCAACUCCUGCGAGACUUUAAGCCGCAGCUAAUCCUAUCCGGGGGCGUGAGUCAUUUUACUGUGCCGCCGAUGGCGCGGGAGCUGUCGAUCCCGGUCGUCUCCUUCGCUCUGCAACGCUGGAGACCAAGCCGCUUCUUGACGCCUUUCGGCAUUCCAAAGACAAACCUGGGGCUCCUGAACCUUGCGUGCUGGAACUUGGUGCACUUACUCCUGAUCCGAGAUGCAAAGCAUAGGGACGGGCCGGUCUUUUCGGAAUUCUUCCAAAAGCCUGCGCAGGAGGUGGUAAUGUCUAGUCACGAGUUGGAUGAUCUCAUAAGCUACAAGGUUGCCUACCCCAGCAUCAUUGCUGAGAGUCACGCUCUCCAUGGCGAUUUCCCACCAGACUUCAACGAGAACAACAUCCGGAUCGGGCCGAUGAUUCCUGCAGCCUCUCAGCAACUGGGACCGGAGUUCGGAUCGGUCGCAGAAGUUGGGGCCAUGGAGGCGUUCCUGCAAAAGGGCGAGGCACCGGUGUAUUUCGGGUACGGAUCGAUGAUCUGCAAGAACUCGAAGUUUAUGACUUUGCUGAGCCUCCGGGCCCUGCGUCUCACGGGUCUUCGUGGCAUCUUCUGUGCGGCAUGGUCCGAGAUGUCACUGAGCCUCGUGGAGGGCGAAGCGGAUGCCGAGGAGCUCCGAGAUUUCUGCAAGGACCACGUGCUUUUCUUGAAGUUUGCACCGCAUGGAGCCCUUUUCCCACGAUGUCGAGUGGUCGUUCACCAUGGAGGGGCUGGCACCACGAAUGCGUCGGCUAGGUCCGGCAUACCUACGAUUGUCCUCCCUUUGUCCUUCGACCAGUUCGAUCAUGCAGACAUGGUCAAUCGGCGUGGCAUCGGCAUCGGUCUGAAGGUCAUGCACAGCUUGGCACCCGAGGAGGUUGCACGAGCCAUCUGCAAGUGUGCACAGACAGAGGCCAUUCGCGACAGGGCCCGUGAGGUCAGCCUGGCUAUGGAGAAGGAGAACGGUCCGGAUGACCUCGUUCAGUUCGUGAAGGCCUACAUGAAGAACUUCGUGGACAAUGGCCGGCACCUGAAGAUCCAAGCCGAUUUGCGCCGGCGACGCUCCGGUUGGUUCAUCUGGUGUGCAGGAUGGCUCCGAUGGUGCUUACCAUGCUGCUAA